UCCCAGGCAGGCUGCAGCUGGGGCCUGGCCUGGCCCGGCCUGGGGUGCAGAGGAGCAAUAGAAAGGCUGGGUGGCUGUAGCAGACAGAAGCAGCAUGCUGUGCCUCUAACCAGCGGCUCCCGAGGGCUGCAUGGCCGGCUGCAGGCGCUUCCAGGCGAGCAGUGGCUGCAGCCCGUUCCUGGCUGAUGACCCGGCCUCGGGCGUGCACCUCGGCGUGGAGGGUGGGAUACUCUGCCAGCUACUCCGCUCUCCGGAUUACAACCUUUUCCCCAAGUCGGCAGUGUUUGAAAGUAAUUUCAUCCAGGUGACGAAGCAGGGGAACUGGGUGGAUAUCCACAACGCCCCCACACUGGUGACUCUGGGGGUGACGUCCUCGGAGCCCUGCCUGCCCCUCCCCAAUGUGCUCCUGAUCGCCAGGCUCGCAGUGCUGGGAGAAAGCCCCCCUGGGAGGGCGGACCAGCCCCAGGAGCCCUCCAUGGCGCUUAGCAGGCUCCUCCCGCUGAGGUACGUCAGACUGUCGGUGCAGGACAGCAGCCGGCGCCUGCUGCGGGUGCAGGUGGUCACGGGGAAGGUUUAUUACCUGCGGCUGCACCCGGCGCACCCUGACACCGUGUUCACGCUCUGGAGCCGGCUGGCGGACAUCCUGCAGCGGGGGCUCUCCAUCACCACCAAGGACCCCGCCAUCCACGUCCCGCACAGCCUGGUGCUCAGCGUGGGCAGCUCCUCCACCAGCUCCCCUGCACAGCUGGUGCCUGAUUCGCAGCUGCCCUCGGGAGCCAGUCGCAGCGUGGUGGCAAGGAUGGGCAAGCGAUUGUCGGGGACACUCUCCCAUCUCUCAGGAGCAGCCCUGGGGAAAACGGAGGAAGACAGCUCAGCCCAGAGAAGACUCUUCUCCUGGAAUCUUACGGCUCGGAGCAAAUCUCCUGCCAGGGAAGAGGAAUCGGGUGCCCCAAGCUGGUCAGGAGGGAAGCUGGCGGUGUGUGAGCGGUGCCGGCGGGACAGGCCGAGCGACACAGGCGAGAAAGCCAGCCUGAGGACAGCCCUGCGGUGGUUAGACACUAAGUGCCACGGCCUCUGGGAACGAGACACACCUGCUGGGCUGCUGCCCCUGUCCCGGCUCAGCAGCUUGGUAGCUGCAGGUCGGCACUAGGGACCAGCACCCUGAGAGAAAGUGCCUCCUGUGCUGGGCUCUGGGGCAGCCCUGGGGGCAGGCGUGAGCAUUGAGGGUGGGGAGGAUGUGCCGGCUGCCGGGGCCGGUAGGGCCUGACUGGGAAAUCCCAAACGUAAUAAAUGCAUUGUGGCAAUGGAAGUGCCUUCACGC